CCAAAAAAAAAACAAAAAGAACAAGUUUUAAGUUAAGGCAAAGCAAAGAAGACGAGAAAUGGCAAAGAACCUCAUCAACUCCUUCAGCUUCACUAUUCUCUUGGUUGUUCUUCUGAUGGCUUCAACUGGAAUCCUUAAGAGCAACGCUCAAUCAUGUGGUGCGGGUGGAUGUACUACGGCCGCUUCACGUGUGUUCCUCGGCGAGUGCCCGAGUGCCCACGGAACCACAAAUGCUAAUUGUUGUACUUGUUGCAUAGGCUUAUUCGGUUCUCCUCCAGUUUGCUGGGCGGUUAUUGAGGGAACUGACCUUCACUGCCACUGCUACAAAAAGGCUUGAAAUAA